AUGAUUUCCUGUACGGUAAGGGCGGCCCCAGACCUCCCUCCUGAGUUGGGACCUGAACCAGACCCAUUGUUUGUUGUGUCAAGUGAGAAAGACCACAUACAGGCAAAUACCCAAGCAAUCCUGAGUCGAAGCAGACUGAGAAAAGUUCCUAGGUUUAGGACCAUGUUCAGUAACCUGAUCCAUUAUCCAAGAUACUCUCUAUAUUGGAGCAAGGCAGAUCCCGUCCCACCAUUUAUCAGUCGGGAAUGGAAGGGACAUGAGGAGAAAUGCAGAGAAAUCUUCCAGCCACUUGCUGUAACUGACACUUAUUUUCAGAUGCCUAAAGAAGUUUGUGAAGAUCCUGAUGUUACUGGAAAGAAUCGCUAUAAGUAUUUUGAAAGGCCUUUCCUUCCAUUCGGUGAACGGAUACCACUCAGUGUUGUGUGGUCACCAACCAAGAUAGAGCCAUAUACUUUUCCUCCUGUGUCAACUAAGCACGCACCCAUCUCUUCAAAGUACACUGUGGGCACUCAGACCGAUUAUCGCGAUUCCGAAGUUCAAACAGAUCCGUAUUCUCCAGAAUAUGUGGUAUGUCAGGAUUCAGUUCCUGAGCUCUUGACCCUGGCUACUCUGACUUGGGGUCGAGGUCUCCCGGCAGGACAAGCUGAGGUAGAGAUGAUCGAACGUGCCCGGGAGAAGCGUGCCUGGGAAGCCACACUCCCCCCUCUGAGCGACACCUCCCAGUUUGAGAAGAGGAGGAGGAUGAUGAAUGCAGUGGAGAGGAAAGAGUGGGCCUUCAGAGAGCAGGAGAUUGAAAAACUGCAGGAGAUUCGCCUGGAAGUUCUAAAAGAGAUGUUGAGACAACGUGACAAGAGUCACAGUGAAGUGACUAUGAGCUACUUGAAUAGCCGGUGGUCUAAAAUGCAGGAAGCCAAGGAGGCAAAAUUUGCAAAAAUUCAUCGCACACAUGUAUCAGAAAUCAGAAAACUUAUGGGAAAGAGAAAGAAUAUAGAAGGAAAGUUGCAGAGAAGAAAUAUCAUCAAGGACUAUUCUGAUUAUGGAUCACAGGUCUAUGGACCUCUGUCUCGCCUUGGUCGUUUCCCAGACAACUCAGAGCCGUUUGUAGUAAAAAACCACUAUCUCGACACCUAUGAAGGAUUAGUCGAACUGGAGUCAGCUCUCCCAGAUUUUGUGACACAACCCCGAAUCAGACCUCCAAAACCUAAGGUCAUAACCACCAAAGCUGGUUUUCUAAAGAAGGCGGCAAGGAUGGACCACGAGUUGGCAGAGGUUCAUAAGGCACUGUUGGAUAAGAAGAAUAAGGUUCUUGAACCAAAGAAACCUCUGCUCUUUCUUCAAAGAAAGCCAAUACCUCAACCUCGGCUUCCAACUCCAACCUUGGAACUGAGUUCCAAUGAAGAAGAAGACAUAGAAGUGGCUGUUAUCUACCUUCAAAAGUUACUCCGGGGCAGAGUCGUUCAGAACAUGAUGUUUGAAGGGAAAGAAAAGAGACUAGAGUUGAUUCAGGAGCUGCGCACCACCCACGCCCUGCAAGAAGACGACAGGCUGGUGAAGAAAGCCGAGAAGCAAGUGACCCUGGCCCUACAACGGCAGAGGAACUUGCAUGAACACAAGUUGUCCCUAGUUGAAAACCACUUGGCUGGACUGGAAGGAAGGGUGCUGGCGGACAUGUUCGACUUCCUGUCCAAAGAGCUGGUGAGACUCCAGGAGGAGAGGAGGAUCCACGCCUUUGCCAUGCUGGCCGAGCGACAGCGGAGGAUGCGAGAAGCUGAAGAGAGUGGUCGGCGCCAGCUGGAACAGAGGCGCCUGCGGGAGGAGGACGAGAUAUUUAAGGAGGUGGUUAAAGUUCACCAAAGUACUGUAACUUCCUACCUGGAAGACAUAAUACUGAGCACCGAGGAGAAUACUGCAGAGGAACAAGCCAGGGAGGAAAUUGAGAAGAUGGCUAAGGAAAUCAAUGACAUUGCUGAUGAAAUGGAAAGCCGUCGAACUCAGCUUCAGUCAGAGGAGAUUGUUGCUGAGUUGGUUUAUAGUUUCCUGAUCCCAGAGGUGCAAAAGGACUCUGUCAAAGAAAAAGUGAGGAAUGCACAGCGAAAGCAUCUGCUCGCAGCCCAUCAGGUUAUCCACCAUCACACAGAAGUCAUGGUCAGAAGGAACUUUGCUGAGCAACAGCAAGGUCAGGCCCCAGACGCUGACAAGCUGCGUGUGGAAGAAACUCCAAGUGAGAAAGACAGCUAA